UUCCAUCGUAUAUAUUUCUCUAUUGCUCUUUCUCAAUAUUUCUCUUUUUCCUUUUUUAAAAUAUAAACCUUUGAUGAGCUUCUGAGUGUGUGAUUCUUCGCUUUCCCAAGUCUAGUGGUAGCCAUACACAAAUGUUUCCUCCCAAUACCCCAACCACCCUCCUCCCCCUCCCACGGUUGCGACACACCAAAGAAGAAAGAAAAUUAUUCACGCAAGUGUGCUUCGUUGCAUGAAUGGGAAACCAGAAGCGAAUGCAUUCCCUUGAACUCGGAAAGCGUAGCUACGCCGCCGUACGAUCGCGUUGCCCACUUGCGUCCGCCGUAAAGCAGAAGAGAAGGCGUGUGCGGUGGUUUUAUGGUUCCCUGGUUUUGCAGACAUAUUGCAUUUGUCGUGCCGUUACGAUCAUCCCGUCCCGAUGUACUGGGAUUCGUUCCAGUUUGCAUAACGGAAAGCAUUGUGUAGAAAGGCUACCGUUCACACCAGCAGCGUUGAAGCAGCUGUCUUAUUUUUUUGGGAGUGGGGGGACUUUAGUGGUCUUAUUGUAUUGACGACUGUAGUGUCCUCUUAUAAUGAUUCACCGCAGCGGUACAUGCGGUCAGAACGUAUUGAUCGGUGUUGACUGCUGCACGGCGGUCCGAGCUUGAGCCGCGUUAAGCCAAGGAAAACUAACCAUCGAAAAACGAAUUCAUUCACCCAAGCACAAGCAGUGUGCGUUGUGCAGUCAGUACGAACGUAUCGUUGAUCGUUGUGUAACGAGUGCAGAGCAAAACGUAUUGUUGUCUUUGUUGAAAAAAAGUGACUUCAAGUGACAGUAAAAAAUGAUUAUUUUCGCUAUCAUCAGCUUCGAUGCUGCAACAAAAGGUGAGCGUUUUUGGUGAACCUCGCAAAUGUGCGUGAGUGUGUGUGUUAACAAAAAUGUGGGUAAUCGUUACAGGGCUGAAAGCUUGCAGUUACGAACGUGCAGAAGCGUUACAGUUGCUGCGGCAACACCCAGGUGCACGUAUGAUGAUAUUUCCCACCGCAAACGAUAUGUUACAGUUUGUGAUACAUCGACUACCGCGUGUGACGGAUCAGGUUGUCCCGCACACUCACCCAAUGCCGCAGGAAGGUGUGAUGUACGAUAUUACGUACGAUAGCAGCUUCAUACAAGCGAUCCUGGCUGGUGAUUUCCGGAAGGUAUGGUUGAUGAUCAUAAGCGUACCGACACUGCUCAUUAACGACAUGAGCCAUCCACGCGUGUACAACGCACGCGGGGAAACGGCGCUCCACAUUGCGGCCCGCGUUGGUUCGGUGGAAAUAUGCACCUGCAUACUGGAGGCGGUCAGUUCGACGAUGUUUGUCGCAUCGUACCAAGGGCACCAGACACCGAUGACGUACGCGAUGAGUGAGAAACUGUUGGACCUGUAUCUGAACUCACCGGAACGGCACAACUACGAUACGCCGCUCCAUUUGGCAGCCCAGUGCGGAUGGUCGUGUAUCGUCCGUCUGCUCGUCUCCUACCCGCAGUGUGAGAUAAAGCGCAACAAGUGGGGCCUACUGCCGCAGGACAUUGUGUGUGUGCGGGCAACCCGUGCCAACGGGACGCGCGCGAUCCGGGCCACCAUAACGGGGAUGAUCGAGGAUUCCUACUUUGUACCGCUGAUCAGGACGGAAUCGGAUCUGGAACCACCGCACAUUGGGGAACCGUUUACACGCCGAAAUCCGCCCGGCUUAAUGGAUCGUACUGGGGAUAAGCUGGCACCGAGGCAACGCAUUACCGCCUUCGCUGGACCGAUGACGCACGCACAGGCAGUACAGUUCCGGAAAAUGUGGCAAAAGCCACCGAGACUGAUCAUUAUUGCUACGAAGAAGCAAAACACACCGACCGGUUCAUGGUACACCGAUCACAACCAAUCGUACGUGUGUUCGAUCUCCUGCAAGAUAUUCGACAAAACCAACAUGACCGAGUCGGCGGGUUACGUAAUGCGCGAUUUUCGCAAAAGCAAUCUAACCACCGGCAUGGAAAGGCUUGGCCGCCAAAUUGCCCGUGGCGUCAACGUACAGUGGCGCGAGUAUUGGCCAUUUCUGCGCGUGUACUGCGAUCUGGCCGAACCGUUCGGGUUGCAGCUGUUCGAGAUGUACCUAGCGGAACGUGUGCGCACUACGGAGGGGGAGCUCAGUACCAACUCGAUCGCUAUCGGGGGCGACAUCAGAAGUGCGGAAAAUGUGUAUGCACUGUUUGCAAUUAAGCAUGUGGAAGUCGAUGGGUCUAUUUACCCAUACGUGAACCUCUGGAAACACAGCAUCCAGUAUCUUCUGAGUAUGGCCUAACCAACGAAGCGAGAUCCGGAUG